GUCAUGGAAGAUAACAGCCCAGGCAAGUCCUGCCAGGGACCCCCACACUCCGCCUCAAGGGCCACGUACCAGAAGAGUGACACUUGAGUCUUUUAAAAGUACAUUGAUUGUUUGGACAUGAGUGUUUCCCCGUGGCGCCCCUUAACACUUUUCCUGGAAGGCGAAGGGAAGGAGUGUAAAGGAGGAAGUGGUUACACGUGUGAGGAGAAAAACAUGAAGGUGUUAUAAAACGUGUAUGGGCUGGAGAUCUGUGUCGUGUGUGUUAGAGAAACGUUAGACACAGAUAAUGUUCGCACACAACCCCACCACCCUGGCAGAACUUCCCUCCAUCUCCAUCGACCUGGAGAGCAUAGCUAUGAGGACCUACCCGACUCCCUUCAUCCACAUUGAGCGCUGGAGUAAAGUGUGGGGUUGUCUGCCCAUCACCUACAGCUACCCCAACCGCUGCUGGAGGAUGUCGCCCUUCCUCACCUUCUGGGUCCUCUGCUCCAUAGGGUUCAACGUGCCCUGCUUCUACGACUGCCUCAGGGCCUCCGUCGGUGGGGACAACAGCAUCACCCUCUACGUGAUGGUGUUGAUAGUGAUGGUGAUGAGCAUCUCGGCGGUGACCAUGCACGUCCUCUCCCUCAUCCACUACGACAAGUGGGGUAAGUUCCUCGAGAGUUGGAUGAUAUUUGAGCGUAAGUUCAGGAACCUCACGACGGGGGUUCACUCAUUCCGCCUCGCCGUCCCGCUCUAUGUAGGCUUCCUCAUCUGCGUCACCUUCUUCGUGGUCAACAUCUUAAAUGAACUUCGUUUUAACCUGAUCAACAACGACGGUGUGUGGAGGAUGUUGUCUCUGGUCUACGUCUACGUCAUCUACAGCUUCACCCUCUCCAUGCCCAUACUGUGGGUGGUGAUGGCCUCCAAGGUGUUCGCUCACUGUCUCUGCCACAUCAGGAGGGAACUGGAAUCUAUACUAGAGUGUGCCAAAUUUGGAGAGACGUGUACCUUGCCUGUCCAGAAAUGCAUCGCUGAGGGUGACAUCAGUCGCCUACAGGACGCCGUGUUGGAGCUGAGACGCAUCAUUAAGGCGUUUAAGGCCAUCAUGGGACCCUUCAUGCUGGUGAUCAUCCCUCACCACAUCAUCUCCCUCAUCUGCUUCCUCUACUGGACCCUCGUCUCCACCCUCGACUACUCUGACUGGUACUUCCCUCUCAGCUUCGGUCUACUGUCCAUCCAAGCCAUCGCCCCCAUCUUCUGUGGCGCCAUCUACAGUGAGGAGGUCCAGACACAGAAAAACUCCCUCAUAGAGCCCUUGUUAAUGCUGAAGGGGACGCUGAAGGAGGAGGAAGCUAAAGUCAAGAUGGCGGCCUUGAUCGACCACGUUAGCAGAACAGACGCCCAGAUUGAGGGGUGCGGAUUCUUCAUACUUAACAAGGGCAUGGCUUCCACGGUGGUGAACACAGUGGUGACCUACCUGGUGGUGCUAAUACAAUUCUACGGCAGUGGACGCUGAAGUUGCUGGACGGAACCUUCAACACAAGUUUUUCACCACCCGAGUCUGUGUGUGGUCACCUGAAGAUCAGCACCUCCUCCAGUUUAUUUCACCUGAUGAUUAAACACCUUAAUGCUAUCUGGUGGGGUUAGAUUAGGCUAGAGUAGGUUAGAUUAGGUUGUUACAUUGAAUUAUAUUAAAUUAGGGUGGGGUAGGAUAUAUUUGGUUAGAUUAGGGUAGGGUAAAGUUAAAUUAGGAACGCAUUAGCCCAGUACCUGCCAACAGUGCGUGACAGAGUCGUGACCGAUCGCCAGGGCGGCUAACAAGCCGAUCAGUGGCGAAGAGGAUAAAAGUAAAAACAUAUGAAUAAUUACCAAACAAACACCUUUAAAUUCUAAGAUCGUCAUGAA